CACAUUUUACAGCUCACUGACCAUUUGGCGAUCCAUUGAGAGGAGGGUUUGGAAAAGUGGCUCCUUUGUGACAGCUCUAGCCAGAUUGGGGGGCUGCUCAUUUGCAUCUCAUUAGGCAUGCAGGCGGCCGGCGGGAUAUAAGGGAGGCAGGCGCCCAAGGAGAGGCAGAUCCUUAGCGCUUCACCCUCGGAGAGAGCCGCCGAGCCGCGGCGCGGAGCAGGCACCCCCCCUCCCUCGUAGGAGCACACCCGGACACGCUCCGUGCGCCGCUAUUGACACGAGCUUAUUUUUGUUGGCUGGGAUUCCUCUAAAAACAAAAGUAAGCCCACAACAAGGAAAGAGAGCUUCGCUUCUUUUGAAAAGAAAAAAAAAAAAAAAAGAAGAAAAAGAAAAAAAAAGGAAAAGAAAAGAGCGGGAUCAAGGCUCCGAGGUGACCUGCUCGCCGCCGCUGCUGUUUGACACCCACCAGCCCUGACGUGCGCAGGGCGAGCGCAGCCGCGCAGAGCUGCUCCCGCAUCUCACCGCACCGGGAAUUAUCGCCGUUGCCGCCGUGUCUGCCUCUGCAGGGAUUUCAAGAUCGCCGAUUUUUAAUCUUCCUUGGGAAGCCUCUUCUCUGCCUCUGUUGGGAAUUAAGUUGCCUUUUUUUUUUUUAUAUUUUUUUUUUUCUUCCUGGAGAAAAGGAGGAGCACCGUGGAUUGGGAAAGAAAAAGUGUUUAGCAGAUUAAUCUUAACCUUUCUUUUUUAUUAUUUCCCCCCUGCUCCUUUCUUUUUCUUUUGCCAUCCGUAAGAGCUGUCAGUCGCUGACAGGCUACACCUAGAGGUAUCGACAGAGGGGAAAAAAAAGUCAGAGACACUCCUGAAAGAAGGAGACCGUGACACUAACUCUUCCAGCUCUGCUGGGAGCGAGCGGCUUUGGCCGCUCUAUUUUUCCCUUUCCCCGAGAAACACUUUCCCCUUUCCCCUCUGACGAGAAGACGAGAGGGAGGAAAGCGAGGGCACCAGAGCUGCCCCUCCAAAAUGGGAGGUCGGUUCCUGCUGACGCUUGCCCUCCUCUCGGUGCUGCUCGGCCGCUGCCAGGUCGGCUGCUCCGGGGUCUUCGAGCUGAAGCUGCAGGAGUUUGUCAAUAAGAAGGGGCUGCUCAGCAACCGCAACUGCUGCCGCGGGGGCGGCCCCGGCGCUGGCGGGCUGCAGCAGUGCGACUGCAAGACCUUCUUCCGCGUCUGCCUCAAGCACUACCAGGCCAGCGUCUCCCCCGAGCCGCCCUGCACCUACGGGAGCGCCAUCACCCCCGUCCUCGGCGCCAACUCCUUCAGCGUCCCCGACGGCGCGGGCGGCGCCGACCCCGCCUUCAGCAACCCCAUCCGCUUCCCCUUCGGCUUCACCUGGCCCGGUACCUUUUCGCUCAUCAUUGAGGCUUUGCAUACGGACUCGCCUGACGACCUCACCACAGAAAACCCCGAGCGCCUCAUCAGCCGUCUGGCCACCCAGAGGCACUUGGCAGUGGGUGAAGAGUGGUCCCAGGACCUGCACAGCAGUGGCCGCACUGACCUCAAGUACUCCUAUCGCUUUGUGUGUGAUGAGCACUACUAUGGAGAAGGCUGUUCCGUCUUCUGCCGCCCCCGGGAUGAUGCCUUUGGUCACUUCACUUGCGGAGAGCGUGGCGAGAAAGUCUGCAACCCGGGCUGGAAAGGCCAGUACUGCACUGAGCCGAUUUGUUUGCCUGGAUGUGAUGAGCAACACGGCUUUUGCGACAAACCUGGGGAAUGCAAAUGCAGAGUGGGUUGGCAGGGGCGAUAUUGUGAUGAGUGCAUCCGAUACCCAGGCUGUCUUCAUGGUACAUGUCAGCAGCCAUGGCAGUGCAACUGCCAAGAAGGCUGGGGUGGCCUUUUCUGCAACCAGGACCUGAACUACUGCACCCACCACAAGCCCUGCAAGAAUGGUGCCACAUGCACCAACACUGGUCAGGGAAGCUACACUUGUUCUUGCCGACCUGGGUACACAGGCUCCAACUGUGAGACUGAAAUCAAUGAAUGUGAUGCCAACCCUUGCAAGAAUGGUGGAAGCUGCACUGAUCUUGAGAACAGCUAUUCCUGUACCUGCCCCCCGGGCUUCUAUGGCAAAAACUGUGAGCUGAGUGCAAUGACUUGUGCUGAUGGUCCAUGCUUCAACGGUGGGCGAUGCACCGACAACCCUGAUGGGGGAUACAGCUGCCGCUGCCCACUGGGUUAUUCUGGGUUCAACUGUGAAAAGAAAAUUGAUUACUGCAGUUCCAGCCCUUGUGCUAAUGGGGCCCAGUGUGUUGAUCUGGGAAACUCCUAUAUAUGCCAGUGCCAGGCUGGCUUCACUGGGAGACACUGCGAUGACAACGUGGACGACUGUGCCUCCUUUCCCUGCGUCAACGGAGGGACUUGCCAGGACGGCGUCAAUGACUAUUCCUGCACCUGCCCGCCGGGAUACAACGGGAAGAACUGCAGCACCCCGGUGAGCAGAUGCGAACACAACCCCUGCCACAACGGGGCCACCUGCCAUGAAAGAAACAACCGCUACGUCUGUGAGUGCGCCCGGGGGUACGGCGGGCUCAACUGCCAGUUUUUGCUCCCUGAGCCGCCUCAGGGACCCGUCAUCGUCGACUUCACUGAGAAAUACACAGAAAGCCAGAACUCCCAGUUCCCCUGGAUCGCUGUCUGCGCAGGGAUUAUUCUGGUCCUGAUGCUGCUGCUGGGGUGUGCUGCUGUGGUCGUCUGUGUCAGGCUCAGAGUGCAGAAGAGGCACCACCAGCCUGAUGCCUGCAGGAGCGAGACUGAGACCAUGAACAACCUGGCAAACUGCCAGCGGGAGAAAGACAUUUCCAUAAGUGUCAUUGGUGCCACUCAGAUUAAAAACACGAAUAAGAAAGUAGACUUUCACAGCGAUAACUCUGAUAAAAAUGGCUACAAAGUCAGAUACCCGUCAGUGGAUUACAAUUUGGUGCAUGAACUUAAGAACGAGGACUCUGUUAAAGAGGAGCACAGCAAAUGUGAAGCCAAGUGUGAAACGUAUGAUUCAGAGGCAGAGGAGAAAAGUGCAGUACAACUAAAGAGCGAUACUUCUGAAAGAAAACGACCAGAUUCAGUAUAUUCCACUUCAAAGGACACAAAGUACCAGUCGGUGUAUGUCAUAUCAGAAGAGAAAGAUGAGUGCAUCAUAGCAACUGAGGUGUAAACCAGAGGUGAUAUGGCAAGGUGGUUGUUCAGAACAAUUUCAGAGGAGAUGUGCCCCAAUGAAUGCUGCUGAAAGAGGAAUGGGAGAUAGAUUCCUUCACUGACUGCUGCUGAGAAACUAAAUUCAGGCUUGAGCUGGUUCUCUACUGAAGUUAGCAAAGUGACUGCAAAAUAAACAAGAUGGACACCAGGCAAGGGUCUGUGUUCAAGGAUUACUGUUGCACUGCCUUUUACGAAUUUUAUCAUUGCACUAUGGUCAGUUGCUUUUCUAUAUAUAUUUAAAUGAAUGGACUUAAUUACUACAUAAGAAGCAUGCACUGCCUGAAGUGUAUAUUUUGGAUUCUUAUGAGCCAGUCUUUUCUUGAAUUAGAGACACAAACACUGCCUUUAUUGUCUUUUUUGAUACUAAAAUGUGUUUUUACUAGGUGAUAAAAAGUGUGUUAUUUUUUUGAAUCUGUAAAAAUAUUUUCAUGAUAAUUGUAAAGCUUGGGUAUUUUGUGAUGUUCAUUUUUUUAUAAUUUAAAUUUUUUGGUAAAUAUGUACAAAGGCACUUCGGGUCUAUGUGACUAUAUUUUUUUGUAUAUAAAUGUAUUUAUGGAAUAUUGUGCAAAUGUUAUUUGAGUUUUUUUACUGUUUUGUUAAUGAAAAAAUUCAUUUUAAAAAUAUUUUUCCAAAAUAAAUAUUAUUAAUGA